AUGGCCUCUAUUGUGUUUCUAUAUAUUAAGGAUUGUCUUGGCCGAAAUCUUUUGUUCCUCUACCGCCAUAAAGUUUUAGUUCAACAAAUCAAAGGCAAGUCCUCAGUGUCAUUUCUCCCUCAAAGAUCAUCAGGCAUAAACAUCAACAAAGAAGAGAAAAAGAUGAUACAGGAGCUGUUAGGAGGGAGUAAUAUUGGAUUAAUAGGAGGGGAAAGACCUAAACUUUCCACCACUAAUGGAAUUUUUGAGGGCUCACCUUCGCCUUCACCUUCACCAUCAUCGUCUCUUUCACCCUCUUCUUCCACCACCACCACCACCACAGCCACAGCCACUGCCACCUCUUCCACCACCGAAAACCCGAGGUGCCCUCGUUGCGAAUCUUCCAACACAAAGUUCUGUUACUACAACAACUACAACCUCACUCAGCCACGCCAUUUCUGCAAGACUUGCCGGCGCUACUGGACUAAAGGAGGAGCGCUUCGCAAUGUCCCCAUCGGAGGGGGAUGCCGUAAAAACAAGAAUAUUAUUGUUGGAAAAACAAGUGCUGGAAAGUUGAAAACAGUUUCAUCGGAAACAGGAAAAACAAGCUUUCUUAGUGAUUUUGAACAACAUACCGAUCUUUCCUCAAACCCUAUUCUAUGGUCUUCCCCUUCAAAUUCUCAUCUGCUGUCCUUACUGAGAACAAACCAAAUUUCUAACCCUAACCCUAUCACAAAUUCUAUCACCGUCAAGGAGGAAGGUGGUUUUUAUGGGUCCCACAUGAGCUUUGAGUCAUCUUUAUCCAAUGGUGGUUUAAAUUCUCGGACCCUAGGGUUGGAUCCGGUUAGCCAGAUGGUCUCCUCUACUGGGCUACCCGGUUCUUUUUGGAGCAACAAUCAGCAACAAAUUCAAGCAAACAACGGAGUUAUACUGGGAGAAGUUCAAAAUAAUGGUCUCCAAGAACUGUAUCAGAGGCUUCGAUCAUCUACAUAUUGUUAUCAAGAACAUGCCCCAGUAAUUCUCGGAAAUAUAUCUUCUGCACCAUCAAUGGCUUCUUCCACUAUUUUGGAGUCAGCUCCAGUAGCUGGAGGUGAAUUGGGUUUCUGGAAUACCGGUCUUGCUGGCCCAACUGAUCUAGCCACAACUAAUGGUGCAUACCCUUAA